GGACUCAGUCUGAAGAAACUUGGCCGGGCUUCAAUGAGCUGCCGCUGGUGAAGUCCAGAGCUCUUCCGCGGCUGCCAAACUGCCCGCCUUCUUGGCGCGAAGUUUUCCCGCCCCCCUCCAAACACCUCACCAUGGGGAAUGGCGGGGUGCUGUCGGACUUGGGCCUGGACCUGCUGCAGCAGCUGCUGCGGCCGGACCCCGAGCAGCGGCUGUCUGCUGCUGCUGCACUGCAGCACAACUAUUUUAAAGAAAGUCCGAAGCCCCAGCCCACAGAACUCAUGCCCAGCUACCCCGACACCAACAACCAGGGCAAGCUGCUGCUGCUGCUGCUGCUGUUGUGCACGGAGGAAGCGGAGGAAGGGAGGCAGUGCGGACCUGAAUGA